GAAGCAGCGGAAGGAUUUCUAGCCAGGCAGCCAGGAUCACUUACACUGGACUCCAUCGUAAUGGAGGAAGAGGCAUAGGAUUAGAAGAAAACAGGGCAAUUUGGCGGCGGGCGUUGCGGCCUGGGAUCCGGACUAGCUCUGUAUCAGUAGUAAGGACAUUACACACCAAGCUGCCAUAGGCUGCGAUGGGGAAUGAAGGCAGCAUAGAAGGAGGGGAAGGGAUGGUAGCCGGAAUGGAGGCUGAUCUGAGCCGGCUGAGCGAAGAGGAGAGAAGACAGAUCGCCGCUGUCAUGUCAAGGGCGAAGGAUAUGCCGAGAGGGAAUGAGACGGAUCGUUCACCAAGGAGUCAAAACAUGGACACUUCUCAGUCACCAAGACAACCAAGUAAACCACCUGAUCCAGGGCCAACUGGUCUUAGUAAAAGUAGGACUGUAGAUGCUUUCAAAACAGAAAUGAGAACACAACCACCUGGUCGAAGUCCUUCAACUCUGAGCUUGAAAGAGCCUAGAACCAGGCCAGAUACAAAAGAGGAACAGAAGACUGGGAUGAUGAGUGGUUUUCUCUCAGACAGUAAUCCAAUAAGCAUGGUCUCCUCCGUAGUUACCAAGUUUAAUCCAUUUGAGACCAAGCCUGAUUCUGCAGCCCACAAUGAAGAUUUAGUUAAGAAAUCAAAGGAAAGAGAGCAUGAAAAUAAGGAGCACCUUAUAGGAAUUAAUAAACCCAGACCUCAACCACAGAGGUCACCGGUACAUGGGCCACAGCCUCAAGGACUUGCUAAACCCACAAUAGCUGCUCAAGAACACCCAACUAAAUCUACACAACAGCAGUCUGAGACAAAAAUAGCAUCUUCACAACAGAGUCCUGCAAGGACGUCCACACAGGUGUCAGAUGCCACAAUAUCACUUUCACACACUCCUAUCCUCAAAGAACCUUUGCCUGAAACUGUAAAGCCUAUGAAACCUUUAGUUCAAGAGCCAAAACAUUCUACCUCAUUGUCCCAAGUACAAGGAUCUAAAAGAGAACCAGAAAUGCAGGAUCAUUCUGCUAAAACACCACGUCAAAGUUUCGAAAAGCAGAGUUUGCAACAAUCAGAGAUUUCUAAAUAUACUGAUAUGUCAAAAAUGCCACAACAGAUGUCAGAACAUGAAAAGCAACCUACACAGACUCAUGGUACCGCCAAACCAAGUGCACCACAAUCUGGACCUGUAAAACCACAGCCACAUCCAGUGGUUGCUGCUUCAAGUACUCAGCAGCAGGCAACUUCUGUGAAACAACCUCCACAUCAGACAGGUCUUCCCAAACAAAGUCCUGUGUCACAGCAACAAAAACAGCAAACACCACCUAUGUCAACAAUUAAACAAAUGGUCCAGAAGCCAGAGCCUAUCACUAAAAAGCCUGCCCUAGUAAAAGAACAACCACCACAUACAGAGGUUUCUGAAAUGAAGGCAGAAUCUAAGAGACCACAGGACAAUAAAACGCAGAUGUCCAAGACAGAAGCAAAGAACAUGUGUCCUCUUUGUAAGACAACUGAACUCUUGUUGAGCUGUAAAGAAAAGCCUAAUUUUAAUACUUGCACCCAUUGUAAAACUGUUGUAUGCAGCUUGUGUGGUUUCAAUCCUAAUCCACAUAUAACUGAGAAACAUGAAUGGCUUUGUUUGAAUUGUCAAAUGCAAAGAGCUCUUGGUAUGGAUAUGACUGCUGUUCCUUCACCAAUGCCACCUCCAGUCAAACUAAAACCUGCAAUUCCAGCAGCAGCAGCUACAUCUGUCCCUCCUUUAAAGAAGGAAGCAGUUCCAAUGCCAGACCAAACAAUGAAGCAAGGACCUAAAGCACCACCGUUAUUAACCAAGCAGACAUCUGUGUCUGGCUCACCAACUAAGUCAAAUCAACAGACAGGGGAAAAUAAAAUAGGAACUGCAGUGUUGGAUAAAACCAAACCAUCUGGAACUGAAAAGAGGCUACCAGUUGAGACAACACACCAUGAAUCUUCCCAAAAGCCUUUAGCUAAGAUUGAUUCCACAUCUGCUCCUCUAUCUGCUGCAUUACAAGGGAUGGGACCUAAAUUCACAGAAGAUAGAAACAAACAAAAGAAUAACACACCAGUAUCCAUUCCAGCGCAAGAAUUAAAACAAUCCUCUUUAUCUAAUGUAAAAGCACAAGAGAUCCCCCAGAAGGUUGAAGCUACAGAUGUAAAAGAAGAUCCUACAAAAAGUCCAAAAAGGAUUGCCACUAUAGCUGACAGCAAGCAAACUCCAAAAGGGCCUUCUGUGGCAAGCUCAAAACCUAGUCCUUUGCCUAAACCUGUUGCCCCACAAGCCUCACAGUCCACUGGGCCAGGAAGCCCAAAACCUAGCCCAUCACACAAGCCUGUGGCUCCACAGACAUCACAAUUUGCAGUGCCUGGAAGCCCAAAAUCUAGCCCUUUACAUAAGCCUGUGGCUGCACAAGCAUCCCAACCUGCAGUGCCAGGAAGCCCAAAAUCUAGCCCCUCGCAUAGAGCUGUGGCUCCACAAAUAUCCCAAAAUGCAGUGCCAGGAAGCCCAAAAUCUAGCCCAUCACACAAACCUGUGGCUCCCCAAACAUCACAAACUUCAGUUUCGGAUAGCCCAAAAUCUAGCCCAUCACAUAAACCAGUGGUUUCACAGUCAUCACAAGCUGCUGGUCCUGGAAGCCCAAAAUUUAGCCCUUCACAUAAACCAGUGGUUCCACAGUCAUCACAGCCUGCUGGGCCAGUUUCGGGUAGCCCAAAAUCUAGCCCAUCACAUAAACCAGUGGUUUCACAGUCAUCACAAGCUACUGGUCCUGGAAGCCCAAAAUUUAGCCCUUCACAUAAACCAGUGGUUCCACAGUCAUCACAGCCUGCUGGGCCUGGAAGCCCAAAGCCUAGCCCCUUACCUAAACCUACUGCUGCACAAGCAUCACAGUCUGUGGGACCAGGCAGCCCAAAAGCAAGCCCUUCCCAUAAACCUACAGUUCCACAAACAUCACAAACUGCUGGACCUCCUGGCCCUAAACCCACUCCUGCACACAAACCUACGGUUCAACCAAAACAGCAGCCAGUUGGACCAGAUAGUCCAAAGUCUAGUCCUUCACAUAAACCUGUUGUUUCUCAAACAGUAUCACAACCAACCACCCAACCACAAAAGCCACAAGAGCAACCUAGACGUUUUAGUCUGAAUCUUGGGAGUGUCACAGAAACUCCUAAAGUACAGCCUACAACACCGCAAGGAACAGUAACUGGAAAACUCUUUGGUUUUGGAGCAUCAAUAUUUAGCCAAGCUUCCAGCUUUAUGUCCACAGCAUCUCAACCCAAUUCUCAAACACAAAGCACACAAGGACCAGCUUCUAAGCAGCCUACCCCUCUACCAAAAGUGACUGCUCCACAGAAACCAGUGAAAGAGGCAGUGGAUCCACAAUCACCUAAACUUACUCCAGCAAAACAGGAAACCAAGCCAGAACUUUUAAAAAAAGUGGAAGAGCCCAAAUCUAGUUCUUUAGUAAAAGAAAUAGAUGAAAAGAUUAAAGAAAAAGUAACCGAAAACGUUCCUGAAUCUAAAAUUGCUGUUAAAGAAAUAAAAGCAGAAAAAGCUGAAAAGGUGACAGAGCCAAAAACAUUGUGCCCUCUUUGCAAGAUAGAACUAAAUAUUAGUUCUAAGGACCCUCCUAAUUUUAAUACAUGUACGGAAUGCAAGAAGAUUGUAUGCAACCUUUGUGGAUUUAACCCAAUGCCACACAUGAAUAAGGCUGCAGAAUGGCUGUGCCUAAACUGUCAGACACAAAGAGCACUCUCAGGACAACUUGGGGACAUGGGCAAAGUACCUCCUCUUUUAGGACUGUCUCCAAAGUCUUCACCAAAGCAUUCUGUUUCUCCUGAACAAGCACAGAAACCUACACCACCUAAUCUGAAAACACAAGAUAAAGCAACUGAUCAAGUCAUAAAAAAAGAAAUUACAAAAACGUCAGAUGAAAAUGUUACUAAAGGACAAACGGACAAAGCUGGUCAAGUAGAAAGUAAAGAUAUGAAGACUACAGUUAGCCCACCUGUAUUAAGCAAAGAAACAAACGUUCCAGUGGUUCAUAAAGCUAUAGAGGAGCUACCCCUUAAAGACAGUAAAAAAGAUCCUUCCCAAGACAUUCCAGUGCCAAAAGAGCCAAUAGAAAAGCAUUUGCAACAUAAAGACAAAAUCAUCCAAAAGAAGGAUUUGAUGAUUGACCUCUCAACAACAACUUUGACAAAAAUUGAAGAUGGAGUAGCAUUAGAUCUGAAAACAACAUCUGAAGCAACCAAGCUCACAGAGAAGGAUACAAGUAAAGAAAAGACUGAAAAAGAAGAUGAUAAAUCGGACACCUCAAAUUCGCAACAACAGAAAAGCCCACAAGGCCUAAGUGAUACAGGAUAUUCAUCAGAUGGCAUAUCUGGUUCACUUGGAGAAAUACCAAGUCUAAUUCCAAGUGAUGAAAAAGAUUUGAAUAAGGAGCAAACAAAAAAGGAGACAUUUUCACAGGAAAUUAGCCCCUCGAGUCCAUCAGACUUAGCCAAGUUAGAAAGCACAGUUUUAUCAAUUUUAGAAGCUCAAACAAGUGUUUUCACUGAUGAGAAAAAGAAAAAAGGCAUUGAUUUAUAUGGAAAAAAUAUUGGACAGACCUAUGACAGACCUAAAACUAGGAUAUUACCAAUCACUCCAGAAUCCUACAGCUCAGAAGAUGAAGAACUUGAAGAAAUUCAGGAAGAAGAUGAGGCAACAUUCAAAGACAGCAGUAAAAGAAAUGUGGCUUCAUGGAAGGUUCAGAAAGAUGGCGUAAGUUCAGGAAAAGAUCCUGCUACCCAUAGACGACGUGAUUCCCUAGAUGACAGCAGUGAAAGUGAAAUUUCACCUGUUCCACAAAGAAAAAGAAGAACUAGCAAUGGAUCAUCAAGUAGUGAUGAUUUUAAACAUGAUGAUAGUCAAGGAUCUGGAGAUGAUGAAGACUUUAUUCGUAAGCAAAUAAUUGAAAUGAGUGCUGAUGAGGAUGCAUCAGGAUCUGAGGAUGAUGAGUUUAUAAGAACACAACUGAAAGAAAUAAGUGUUAAUGAAAUUCAGAAAAAAGAAAAUAAAGCAAAAACAAUAACUACAAAGUCGAAACGGUUAACAAAGAAAGUUAGUACAGGUUAUGAUGAGGAUGGAGUACGCCGUCAUUCAUGGCAUGAUGAUGAUGAUGAAGAAGAUGAAGAUGAGGAAACAUAUGAUGAGAGUCCAGAGCCAAAAUUUAGAGAAACUAAGAGUCAGGAAAGUGAAGAAAUUUCAGUUAGUGGCGGUGGAGGCCUUCGUAGAUUUAAAACUAUUGAACUAAAUAGCACAAUUUCGAAUACUUACUCUGAAGACUCUACUAAACAGUCUACUACACUGUAUUAUGAUGAAGAGCCAGAACUGGAAAUGGAAAGUUUAACAGAUUCUCCAGAGGACAGGUCACGUGAAGAAAGAUCUUCAAGUCUCCAUGCUUCAAGUUUCACCCCAGGCACAUCACCUACAUCAGUGUCCUCACUGGAUGAAGACAGUGAUAGUAGUCCAAGUCAUAAGAAAAUGUCAGGAGAAAGCAAACAGCACAGAAAAGCUAGGCAUCGAUCCCAUGGGCCUGUUCUUCCAACUAUUGAAGACUCUUCAGAAGAGGAUGAGCUAAGAGAAGAGGAAGAACUUUUAAAAGAGCAAGAAAAGCAAAGGGAAAUAGAACAACAGCAAAGGAAAAGCUCUAGUAAAAAAUCCAAAAAAGACAAAGAUGAAUUAAGGGCACAGCGUAGAAGAGAGAGACCAAAAACGCCACCAAGUAAUCUUUCCCCUAUUGAAGAUGCAUCUCCAACUGAAGAAUUACGUCAAGCAGCUGAGAUGGAAGAACUCCAUAGGUCAUCAUGCUCCGAGUAUUCCCCUAGUAUUGAAUCGGAGCCAGAGGGAUUUGAAAUAAGUCCAGAAAAAAUAAUAGAAGUUCAGAAAGUAUACAAGUUGCCUACUUCGGUGUCAUUAUAUUCUCCUACAGAUGUAACAACUGUUUCUAUAUCAGAUAGCAAAAAUGGGCAGCAAGCUCUAAAAAGUGCUGAGGAAGCAUAUGAAGACAUGUUGUAUAAAGCUAAACGGUACCAGAAUGAAAAGGAAACAGAGGAAGUCUUUGAGAAAGAACCUUUAUAUGGGGGCAUGUUGAUUGAAGAUUAUAUCUAUGAGUCGUUAGUCGAAGAAAAUUAUGAUGAAAGCUUAGAUUCCAAUGUAGUAUGUGCUCAGAAUCAGGAAUAUAGAGUAAAAGAACGGAAAAAUGGUUCUGUAGGUGACAUUUGCAGAAAUGUUGUUCAGACUGUUGCAAACCUACAAGAUGAAUGUUUUACAACAGAAACAUUUCAUACUAUUGUGCCUCAAGAAGAUAUAGUUUCAAGUUCCUACAUUGUUCCAGAAAGUCAUGAGAUUAUUAAUUUGGAUAACACUGAUGAAAGAGCAUCCAGUGAUACCAUUUCAGGUUUAUAUGACUUUAUUAGCUGCCAAAAUGUACAGCUAACGCCAGGAUCUAGUCCAACACAGCCUAGAAAUGACUUUAAUGGUAAAGUUGAUGUAGUAUCUUCUGUUACAAUAGAUAUAGAUAAAACAGAAACGUAUUCUGUCUCAGAAGAAUCUACCUCCCUUAAUGCAAUCUCUAUUCCAGAUGUUAAAAUAACACAGCAUUUUACAGCAGAACUUGAGGAUGAUAUGAUCAUCGACUAUGCUACAGAAAAAGCUUCUGAAAAUGUUGCUUCAGAAAGUACUGAAAUAUUUGUGAAUGACCAAAUUGAUUCCAGUGAAAGUGUGUCACCUAAUGCCAGCCUUCAAACUAAGACAAAACCUGACUCAGAAAUUGACUCCUCAGUUACUCAGACUGAAAUACCAUCUCAAGACAUUGAAAAAUCUAUUUUAGAUCAUAUUAUUAUUACAGUACCUGAUAUUUCUCAGCUCAAAGAUGUCAAAACAGAGCAAAUUUCUAUGGAUGAUGUACAGAGUAGCUCUGAAAUUGGAAAAAAAGAUUUGGACAAAUGUGAAGCAAAAAGCAAAACAUAUGCAAAGGACAGUGCAGUUACUCACACCACCUUGGUGAAAAAAGAUAUUCAAAUAACUACUGAUUAUACAGUGUCAACCAAGCACACAGUAACUUCAACAGCAGUUACAGAUACAGUAACCACAGCACCAAAACUACCAUCAGUAAUAUCAACAGUUCCCUCUGUCACAUCAAAAGUAAUGUCUUUAUUUAGGAGCACCCCUACAGAUGCUCCUACUCCUUCUCAGCCUCCUCCUCCUCCACCACCACCAUUACCUCCAGCAACUCAACCUAAGCCAGCAGUGUAUUCAAAAAAGAGGCCUGCACCUAAAAUUCCAUCUACAGCAAAAACAUCUACAAGUGUGUCUAGCACAGAGUUAGCAAACACUUCCACCUAUCUGGCCAAAUCUCAUGCUGCACCCCCGCCAGUUCCUCCAAAGCCAUCUUCAAUUCCAGCUGGGUUAGUCUUCAGUCAUAGGCCAGUGGAAGCAUCUAAGCCUCAAAAAGUAACAAAACCUGUGCAUUCUGAACCCCAUGUUCCUAUGCAAAAGAAAGCACAAGCACAACAAAAAACACCAGCACUUUCUUCUGCCACGCCUUUUACUUUAAACUUGGUAGCAACCACAGAUUAUGUGUUGCCAUCACCUACAUCUCCUCUUUCUCCUCAUUCUAAUAAAUCCUCACCAAGAUUAACAAAACCCUCACUGGAAACGUAUGUUGUUAUAACAUUGCCAUCUGAACCCGGUACCCCAACUGACAGUUAUAUCACUCAAACAACAACAUGCUGGCCUUUGCAAGCAUCGGUAAAUGAAAAAAUUCCACAAUCUACAGUAACUGUGUUCUCUACUAUACCUUUUACUAGACGUGAGACGGUACCAGUGUCUCAACAAUCAGAUAUAACAAAAAGAAAAGAAAUUAGCAAAUCUGCUGCCUCUUUACCUCAAAGCACACUGUCUGAAUUCCCUAGCAUUCCAGGAACUAUUUAUACUGAAAAGACAAUGAUAGAGGAGAGUCAAAUAAUCCAAAGUAAAAAAAUUAAUGAAUCUAGUGAUGUAAUGGAUUUACGCACCUUGACCAAGGUAGAUUACAAAAGCACAGAGGUUGAGACUGAUAGCUGCAUGGAUCUCUCUUCUGCAACACUAGAUGGAAAGCGCCAAUCUGCAGCCCAUGGGUCUUUCAGUCGGCCAAUGAGUGCUGUCUUGCCUGCUCUUGUAAACCUUAGCACUGCAUCACCUGUUGUUUCUUCUGUUAUACUGGUUACCGAAUCUGUUACUGUGAUGACAUCUGCAACAACUGUAAGUUACACAUCAAGUUUAGAUAGCCUUGUUGAUCUAGGGAAUUCAAUGAAAGAACCUUUGCAACUCACAACUGCAAGACAAUUUGAAGAAGAAUAUGUAGGAUUUCCUGUGGAAACAGAAGUGCCAAUUAACUUAUCCAUGGGGGUUCCAGCACAUUCAGUGACAAAACCAUUCUCAGUUUCCUCAGGUAGUGUAACAGAUGGCUGUAUUGAUAUAUCCACAUCUCAAGAAUCAGUGGAUAGUGGUGUAGUUGAUCUUAGCACAACAAAAUCCCUUAAAACAAUGGUAACUGUGGAUGAUACAACUUCAGCAGUUGUAACUGAAAUAGUUGAAGAUGAUGAUAAACCUGUGGACUUAACUGCAGGCAGAAGAGCAGUAUGUUGUGAUGUUGUGUAUAACUUACCUUUUGGAAGAAGUUGCAUAUCUCAACAACCAUCCACAACUUUACCUGAAGACCGUUUUGGGUACAGAGAUGACCAUUAUCAAUAUAAUCGUUCUGGGGUUUCAGGAUUUAGGGGCAUUGGGGGCAUGAAACCCUCUAUGUCUGACACAAAUUUAGCUGAAGCUGGACUCUUUUUGUACAAAAGCAAAAAUACUUUUGAUUAUACUGUUGGAAUAGCUGAUGUUGCUGUAGACCUUACAUCUGGGAAAGUGACUUCAGGUGAGGCUUUGGAAUACCAAACCAAGACUUCAGGGACAUAUCCAGAGACAAGACAAGUUAUUUCUGGCCUUGGAAUAAGUGCACCCCAGUAUUCACAGGCACGAAUGUCUCCUUCUAUAGUUUCACCAUAUGGUAUGGGAAGUGUCUUAAGGUCUUCUAAUGGAGUUGUCUAUUCAUCAGUUGCCAGUCCAGUGCCCUCAACAUUUGCCAUUACCACACAACCUGGUUCUAUUUUCAGUACAACAGCGAAUGACUUAUCCAGCUUAAUUACCAGUGAUGCAAUAACUUCAAGCUUGAACCAGAGUCAGCCACUGCCCAGGACGUACAGUAUUUUUACUUCAGGAACUGGAGAUAUGACUGAUGUAAUGUCAGUGGUUGAAACUAGUUUACAAACAUAUCCUGAUGAGGUUGCAGGAAGCACACAAGCUGAUCUUGUCUCACUUUUUACAUCUGAAUCUGAAACCUACUCUGAAUUGACUGAAGAUGAGUCAUCCUUUAUAUUAUCAUCUGAGGAUGGCAAACAACAGAACCUUCACUUGCAGCGUGAGCUCUUAGAGCUGGAGAAACUAAAACAGCAAAGACUAGCUGAGGAAUUGGAAUGGGAACGUCAGGAAAUACAAAGGUUCAGAGAACAAGAAACUUUAAUGGUGCAUCAAAAACUUGAGGAACUACAGUCCAUGAAGCAACACCUAUUAUAUCAACAGGAGGAGGAAAGGCAGGCUCAAUUUAUGAUGAGACAAGAGACACUAGCUCAGCAACAGCUACAUCUUGAGCAGAUUCAGCAACUUCAGCAGCAACUUCACCAGCAGUUAGAGGAGCAAAAAUUGCGCCAGUUGUACCAAUUCAACUAUGAUCCUGAUAAUGGUCUUCCUCAAACAACUUCUGAGCAAGUGAUUUUAGAAGGCCAGUAUACAGCAUCAGAGGAUGGACAGUUCUGGAAUGUUGAUCAUAUAGCAACUACAUCAACAGCAGUUGCAGGCAUUGAGGUUGCUCCAAGUGAAGCAUGGUAUACUGUACAAUCAGAUGGUGUUACACAGUAUAUUCAAAGGCCAAGUAUAUUUAGCUCUGUUUCAGAAAUGUCUUUAAAAGAUGUGGAGAUUAAUGAGGAAAGGCAGCUAAAGAAGAGAAGUUCAAUGCCAAGACUAAGUGGUAUGUAUGAUGAAUUAGAUGGUGCUAUACAGGAAGAACCCCGAUCUUACAAACUGAUUGUAGAUAGUGGAGUACAAACUGAUGAUGAGGAUGCAGCUGAAAACAGAUAUGCGGGAAGAAGAAGAAGGUCCAAAAAGGGAGUUGAUACAAGUGUGCAAACUGAUGAUGAGGAUCAAGAUGAUUGGGAUAUACCUGCAAGGCAGAGAAGAAAAUCGCGAACUGGAAAAUAUUCUGAUGGAACUCCUGAUGGUGAUAAAUCUAGAUCAUUUUCCAAAGUAUCUAGCAUUGCUAUACAAACGGUUUCUGAGACUUCAGUACAAACAGAGCCACUGGGAACAAUAAGAACACCUUCUAUAAGAGCAAAGGUUGAUUCAAAAGUUGAAAUAGUUAAACAUAUUUCUGCUCCAGAAAAGAGUUACAAAGGAGAAAGUCUGGGUUGCCAAACUGAAACAGAUUCAGAUGGACAAAGUACCCAGUAUAUGGCUGAUGUAUCACAAAGAGAUAAAAGACGUCCAACUCCAUUAGAAAUAGGCUACUCCUCACAUCUUAGAGCCGAUUCUUCUCUGCAGGUCACACCGUCCCCUCCAAAAUCUCCAAAAGUUCUUUAUUCACCAAUUUCUCCUGUUUCACCUAGCAAGGCUCUAGACUCUGCCUUUGUUCCAUAUUCUAAGACAAUAUCUGAUGACAUCGGCAGUCAUACUGAUAAUGUACAGAUUCCACCGCCAAGUCCAAAAAGUGCAAAGGUUAUGCAACGCUCCUUAUCAGACCCUAAGCCUCUAAGCCCAACUGCAGAAGACAUUUCUAGAACACAGUUCCAGUAUUCAGAUGGAUAUACAACAAAAAGUAUUCAAAGUGGUACUCAAAAGAAGGUAAAAAGAACAUUGCCAAACCCUCCACCAGAGGAAGCUAGCAAUGGCUUACAAUCACCUUACAGCACUGUUGGAUCAGUUUCUCGAAGAAGAAUUUGUAGAACGACCACUAUGGCUCGUGCUAAAAUUCUGCAAGAUAUUGACAGAGAACUGGAUCUGGUUGAAAGAGAAUCUUCAAAACUACGCAAGAAACAAGCAGAACUAGAUGAAGAGGAAAAGGAAAUUGAUGCAAAACUGAGAUACCUGGAAAUGGGAAUUAAUAGAAGAAAGGAAGCUUUACUAAAAGAGAGAGAAAAGAGAGAGAGAGCUUACCUGCAAGGUGUUGCUGAAGAACGUGAUUACAUGUCAGACAGUGAGGUCAGUAACACAAGACCAACAAGAAUAGAAAGCCAUAUUGGCAUGGACAGACCACAAACUGCCCCACAGCCAGAAUAUAGUCCUUAUUUACCACCACAAACUCAGACAGAAACUCAGUUUGCACCACAAACAAGUCCUUACACUCAGUACCAAUAUCAGACUCCUACUUUGCUUACUCAAGCUCCAACACAAUUUCCUCAGCAGUCCCACUAUCAGCCAUCCUUAUAUCAUCAACAAGUUUCAUCGUACCAAACUCAACCCACUUUCCAAGCUGUGCCAACUAUAUCCUAUAAUCCUCAGCCUCAGUCUACACCUACCCAGCAGCCCUCUUAUCAACAUGCUUCACAACUCUUACUAUUGCAGCAACAAACUAGACAAGGUGCAUUAGAUAUAGAGCCUAAAAUACCAUCACACUAUGAUGUUAUUAGAAAUCAACCUCUCAUAAUAGCACCUGUUUCUACUGACAGCGGUUACUCUGUUUCACAUCUUGGUAGUAAAUAUAGUACUUUGGAUUUACGAUUAGGACUAGAUGAAAAAAGCAGCAUGGCAAGUAGUCCAAUGUCUAGUAUAUCUGCAGAUUCAUUUUAUGCUGAUUUAGAGCAUCAUGCUUCCAGGAAUUAUGUUCUUAUUGAUGACAUUGGAGAACUUACAAAAGGAACUGGGUCUUUGAGCUCUGCAUUUGGGCUACAUGAAAAAGAACUUUCAAAAACAGACCGCCUCCUUCGAAGUGUUGAUUCUAGAAGAACUGCAGAAGUAACAGACUUUUUAGCUCCUAUUUCAUCCUCCGCACGAUUACACAGCUAUGGAAAAGCUGAAGAAGAUUCAAUGGAAGAUCCAUAUGAGUUAAAACUUCUUAAGCAUCAAAUAAAACAGGAGUUUCGUAGAGGUACAGAAAAUUUAGACCCCCUUGCUGGAUUUUCACCCUAUUAUCAUUCAGACAGCUUAUACAGACACUUCCCUAAAAGUGAAAAAUAUAGCAUUAGCAGACUCACAUUAGAAAAACAAGCUGCCAAGCAGCUGCCUCCUGCUAUUCUGUACCAAAAACAUAAAAAGUCCUUGAUAGACCCCAAAAUGUCAAAAUUUUCUCCAAUUCAGGAAAAUCGAGACCUAGAGCCUGACUAUUCAACCUAUCUCUCUUCUAGUACAUCAUCAAUUCCAAGCAUAUCGACAAAGGUAAGAAUGCUCCAGGAUGAUAUUACAUAUGGCUUAAGGAAAAACAUUACAGACCAACAAAAAUUCUUGGGCCCUGCCUUAGGUCAAACCCUUGGUUCAUCUCUUAAUACAAAUUUGAGAACUACAUUGCAGGAUGAAGUUGAUAAACCCUAUGUAAGUGGUAAUAGAUCAAGGCCUUCUUCUAGGCCUUCAUCAGUAUAUGGCCUUGAUCUGUCAAUUAAGAGAGAUGUAUCAAGUUCUUCAUUAAGGCAGAAAGCGAAUGAGGCAGAAUCAUUAGAUGGGACAUUUAGCCAUGCAGCACCUUCGGGAAGAACAAAACCAUCUAGUCUUCCUAUUAGCCAAAGCAGAGGAAGGAUUCCUAUUGUAGCACAAAAUUCUGAAGAAGAGAGCCCGUUAAGUCCUGUUGGACAGCCAAUGGGUAUGGCAAGAGCUGCUGCUGGACCAUUACCACCAAUAUCAGCAGAUACCAGGGACCAAUUUGGUUCUAGCCAUUCCCUGCCUGAAGUACAACAGCAUAUGAGAGAAGAAACCAGGACUCGUGGUUAUGAUCGAGACAUAGCAUUUAUCAUGGAUGACUUUCAACAUGCCAUGUCAGACAGCGAAGAAAAUUCCUUUAUUGAUGCCUAUCAUCUGCGCCGUGAGGAAACAGACUGGUUUGACAAGCCAAGGGAAUCACGCCUAGAUAAUGGACAUGGAAUUGACCGAAAACUGCCAGACAAAUUAUCACACAGCAGGCCACCUCAUCAGGAUCAAAUGAAUGGAAAACCUAUUCAUUACCCAUUUCCACAUUCAAGAAUUAAACUUCUCAGAGAUCCAAAGGACCACACUGUUUCAGGAAAUGGGUUUGGAAUAAGGGUUAUUGGUGGAAAAGAGAUACCAGGGAGUCAAGGAGAGAUUGGAGCAUACAUUGCCAAGAUUCUACCAGGUGGAAGUGCUGAGAAAACUGGCAGACUCAGUGAAGGAAUGCAAAUUUUAGAAUGGAAUGGUUUCCCAUUAACUGCAAAGACAUAUGAAGAAGUUCAAAGUAUCAUUAGUCAAUCAAGUGGGGAAGCAGACAUAUGUGUAAGACUAGAUAUCAACAUGCUAUCAAAUUCUGAAACUCCUCAGAACUUAGAGCUGCAUGAACCAGGAAAGGCUGUGGAGAAAACAAAGUCACCUGGAGUGGAUCCAAAACAGUUAGCAGCUGAACUCCAGAAGGUUUCCCAGCAGCAGACACCUUCUGUUGUGUCUUCUGCAAUGGAGAAAGGAUCAUAUAUACAUUCAGGAACAACAUCAACAGGCUCAAGUGCGGUCCCUAGCCCUGGCCAGCCUGGCUCCCCUUCAGUAAGCAAGAAAAGACACAGUAGCAAGUCCACUGAAACUAUAAAAUCAAAUUCACAUCCUAUUACUGGCGACAUUCAGCUUCAGGUUAAUUAUGAUAAACAUCUUGGUAAUCUCAUUAUCCAUAUACUUCAAGCAAGGAAUCUUGUUCCCAGAGAUAACAAUGGCUAUUCAGACCCUUUUGUGAAAGUUUAUCUCCUUCCAGGAAGAGGCCAAGUCAUGGUUGUCCAGAAUGCCAGUGCUGAAUAUAAAAGAAGAACAAAAUAUGUACAGAAAAGUUUAAACCCAGAAUGGAAUCAGACAGUGAUUUACAAAAACAUCUCUAUUGAGCAGCUAAAGAAGAAAACUUUAGAAGUUACUGUAUGGGAUUAUGACAGGUUCUCUUCAAAUGAUUUUCUUGGUGAGGUGUUAAUAGAUUUAUCAAAUGCUGCCUUUCUCGACAAUAUGCCUCGAUGGUACCCAUUGAAGGAGCAAAGUGAAAGUAUUGACCACGCAAAACACUCUGGGCAAAGCAGUCAGCAGUCACCAAAGCCUUCAGUCAUUAAAAGCAGAAGUCAUGGAAUUUUUCCAGAUCCAUCUAAAGAUAUGCAGGUUCCCACUAUAGAAAAAUCUCAUAGCAGCCCUGGUAGCUCAAAGUCAUCCUCUGAGGGACACCUCCGUUCACAUGGACCAUCACGUAGCCAAAGUAAAGGCAGUGUCACUCAGACCCACCUUGAAGAUGCUGGAGCAGCCAUCGCUGCUGCCGAAGCAGCUGUCCAACAGCUUCGCCUUCAACCAACAAAUGACAGCAAAGACCAAAGCCAGCUUGCACUCAAGAAGGUGAUGUCUGAUGGGUCCGUCAAGGCUGAAGCACAACCAACUGCUCACAAGACUACUGAAUCUACUGUUUCUACAACUUCAUCAGUCAACAGCUAUGUCAGUGGGUACAACACGGAGACUGAUGGCAACAAUACACAGGGAGAUAACAAUCUGUUCCAAGUCCCCAGAAUUGGAAAAAUGAAUCAAAAUGGACAAGACCAAACCGGAAUAGGCUUGACUGAAACGGAAGGUAAAACCCAAGUCAUGGGUGAAAUAAAAAUUGCCUUGAAAAAAGAAAUGAAGACAGAUGGAGAACAGCUGAUAGUGGAGAUACUACAGUGUAGAAAUAUUACGUAUAAAUUUAAGUCUCCAGACCAUCUACCAGAUCUGUAUGUGAAACUCUACGUCAUUAAUAUAGCAACUCAGAAGCGAAUCAUAAAGAAGAAAACCAGGGUCUGUAGGCAUGAUCGAGAGCCUUCAUUUAAUGAGACAUUCCGUUUUAGCAUGAGUCCUGCUGGACACUCACUGCAGAUUUUGCUUGCUUCAAAUGGAGGGAAGUUUAUGAAGAAAACUGUUAUUGGUGAAGCUUACAUUUGGCUGGACAAAGUGGACCUUCGAAAAAGGAUAGUAAAUUGGCACAAACUUUUAGCAAGCUCUGCUCAAACACACUGAACAACACUAUUAGCUGGGAGAAAAACGUCAGGAACAAUUUUAGUUUCAAUGGAAUUAAAGACUGCCUAGAAAACAAAGUUUGCACAUGUUUCAAGCCGUGCUUUGAAAUCUUUGUUGACGUGUUUUGCAGUCGAUGAGAAAUAAGAUGCAUUUGUUAUUAAUAAAUGACAACUUGUAGGGGAUGAUGAUAAAUAAAUCUGGUGUGCAGAAGACUGGUCAUAUUUUUGGAUUAGAGUAUACAAGUGCUUUACUAGUUCUAUUAUGUUUCAUUCAACAGAGCAGCUUAGAAGCACGUGAAAAUAAGGCAAUAUAAAAUAAGGGUUAAAAUAAUUUUAAAAAAAGUAACACUCAAUAUAUGUUUAAACUAAUUUGCACCUUAGAUGUUUUCCAUUGAUAAAUAAUAUAAAAUGCUGUUUAUGGUGUUUCUUGGAGUUGGCAAAUGUACAGGAAUAAACAGUAUAGUUCCGUCCUCUAAGUUCCAGGUAAUGUUCUCUCUCUAUGCCACGUGUACAGUUACCGUGCAGUUAACGUGCAGUGCCUAUCUUUUAUUUUGUGAUUUGAAUUGCAAACAUGGUGAAACACAUGAGCUCAGUACUUCUUGCUGGUUUAUAUUAGCAUAUGUCGGGUACUGCAAUUUCUGAUUCAUUGGUUUAAUGAGGAAAAAAAAAAAAUAUGAAAAGAUAACUAAAGUAGCUGUCAAAGCCUAAAGUAAUGCUGUGGCACAAAACAGAAUGUGGGUUUUGGUAACAUAAAUAAGGAAAAGGAGCCUAUGUGUGUUGUUCUACAUGCCACCAUUUAGUUAGGAAAAGAAUAUAAAAAGCAAUUAUGUUCUGAAUUUUCUCUUUGUAACUCAGGUGAAUGAUUGAUGGGUAUGUUGAAAAUGAACUGUUAAUUGCUACAGUCACUAUGUACAUACAUACUGCCUAUCAUGCAGUGUGUUCAUAAGUGGUUUCUGUCAAAAUGAAGGCAACUUAAUGUCAGAUAAAAUCAUUGAAAAAUGGAAUAUGUGUUUGUUUUUCCUUUCCAUUCCUGUUUCCAUUAUGAUGAACGUGUUUCUGAUAUCCCAUUCAAUAGCCUAAAGAGCUACAAUAGUGCAUUUUUAAACUGCAAUUCUUUUAUGCUGAGCAUUACUUAAAAGACUGCAAAGCAUGCGAAUGGUUGCUACGGAGACAUAAUUUCAGAAUGAUAGCACAAAUACAGAUUUCUGCAAGGAAACCUGUAAUCAACACUACAUUAGCAGAGCUACCAUUGCUCUGCCUUUCAUUCACUACAUUCCAAAGACAUAACGGUAUUUGUUCUCUGGAGCACCAUAACAUUUCUUUUAUUCUGUUUCCAUUUUUGCAGGCCAUGUAUAGUGUAGAGAAACUGCAAGUAGACUCCGUGUUUCCUUAGCUUGGACACACCCUAGAAUUAGUACCUCUUAAACACAUGAAAUUCUGCAGAUGAAUUUUUCAUCCGUCAAACAGAGUGAGUGACAAUGUUUUGGUGCAUCAAUGACUUAUAUAAGCAGUGUAUAAUAUGCUUCCGAAGUGUGCCAACAAUGUUUCAAACCAAAUUCUUGAGUUAUUAUGGAAGUAUUCUAUGCAACAUUGAUGUAUCAAUGCUUUUUCUGUAAGUGAAAAUGACAAAAAAAAUGUGUAAAACUAAAAAAAAAAAAAAAUACAAAAAAAAAAACUUCUUUUGUGUAUAAAACAACUAUCAGUAUUUUCGUUUUUGCACAUAUAUUUGAACACAUUAAUAGUGUUUAUUGCUUUUGCUUCUCCUAGAAGUGAUUACCGUACAUAGAUCCAGAUAUUUGUUGACAACUAGCCCUCUCUUGAUAUUAAUUUUAUAAAUAGAGCCAAGAUAAAAAAAUAUAUAUAUAAAUAUAUGUUUAUUUAUAUGCAAAGCAAGGCAAAUUUUAGAGUUCUGGUUGAUCCGCAGAAAUAGAAAUGUUUAAGCAAAAAGCACAGUGUGUGUGAUUAUAAGUGAGUGAGAUUUAUAUAGUUCUUUACAUUACUUUUGUUCAAUGGCCUCGUUUGGAAAUGACGAGUUUUGGAUGCUAAGCAUGAGUCAAAAGUAUUCCAUGGCUGCAGAUUAAAGAGAUGAUAUCUCCCUCUUUUUAAUUGUUUGCAGUACUUGAAACAUAACCUUAUUUAAGCACACAUAAUGAAUACAAGUAAAAGAAUGAAAACUUAGUGGCAGGCAAGAAAAUACCAGUUUAAAUAUAAAUUGCAUGUUAUUUUACCCUGCACACCGACACACCUACAAGUCAUAAUAAAACAGACAUUAAUAGUGCCUGAUGUUUUAUUAACAUCUCAGAUAUGCUUAAGUUGCAUUGUUUCAGGUAUUUUUUGAAUACUAUUGUCUUUUUCAGUGAAAAUAAAUCCAAAUAAGUUUUAUUUUACUCCUAACACAAAGGACAUCCUGUCAUUCUGAACAAAAUUACGUAAAAAGGGCCAGACAAAAUGAAUACCCUCUCUCUAAGACUUUAUUAGAAUCAUUAGUCUGUGCUUUGCUGUUCUAACAAAUUCUGACUAUAGAAAUGUUAGAGGCAAGUACCCUUUUGUUAUUGUGUAAAUAAGUCUACAUUUUUGUAGAAAGAUGAAAAGGACUGAGGGAUUCUAAUUCCAUUCGGCAUUCAGCAUGUGAAUGUGAGCAUUCUGUUCAAUUGUACAUGUAAAAUUGAUAUGUGAUGUGCUCAGAUGGUGAACCAGCAAUGGUUGAACAGCGUGUUUGUGGUCAUUCAUUGAGAAUCUGUACAGAGAGCCUGAAAAAUAAGAGAUAUAUAUGAAGAAAAUGUAAAAAAAAUAUAUUUAAAUUACGUAAAUUCUGUAGUGUCCUGAAAUAAAUGUUUUCACAUGAAUGUUGCAUGCGUUGAUGGACGUCUGCCCAUAUUUGUGUAUUUUUAUUAUUGUCAUCCUACAUUUUUUUCCCCUUCUAAUCCCUGGAAGAUCAUUUGUUUAAAACAGUUGUACAAAUGAGUUAAACAUGAAUGAACUGUAUAGAAAUCUGCCUGUAAAUCUGUUAAUGUUUCUUCAUUUAAUGUAAAAAUCCAUGUCAUAGUUUUUGUGGUUGUACACAAGAUGUAACUUGAGAAUUUAUGCAAAUGUGAUGUACAAAAGGUUGUAAUCCAGUCAAGCUAAUAAAUAUUUAUAACAUCCUU